AUGGCGCACUACCUUGCCCGUCUAAACAGCUUUAACCAUGUCAAGAACUGGCUGUUUACCACACAGACCAAGGAGGACAUGGCUGCUGCGGGAUUUUCCAACACCUGGUCCAACCUUAUCCACUGCUAUCACUGCGGACUGGGAUUGAGGGAUUUACUACCGUACGAACAGGUUGACGUUCAUCAUGCCCGCUACCGCCCUUAUUGCCUUGUAGUUGUCAGUCGUCUUGGUUUGGAAGCCAUUGAAGAAAUUCGCGACCUAGAGAAGAGAGCCAACGCUACCAGUUACCGUGUCAAAGAUUUGUGGGACCGGGAAGGACCGAGCAACGGUUUCAUAUGUUUCUGCUGCGAAGAAGACGCUCUGCAACCUCCCAAAGAUAUGAAACCGACCGAAGAGCGCUUGGCAUCGUACCCGAAUACGUGGAAAUACGAGAUCGUCCAUCCAGUGCGACUAGCUGCAGCUGGAUUCCAAUGGAAUGGGGAGAACACAGCCGAGUGCGUAUACUGCAGACUGGUAGUGGACAACUGGAAAAAGGGCGACGAUCCGCAGGAAGUCCACCGUUCCCGGCAGCCUGAGUGCCUGAAGCCAAAACAGCGCCGCGUCUUGAUGGGAUUUGUCAACAAACCGCAGCUUAAAGCCUUGGAGGAGAUUGCCGUCAACAUCAUUAAAAAUACCGUCAUCCUGUCGUUCGCCGAUCUCGACAAGUGCAAACGUCACCGCAAAGCAUUAAAGCUGUAA